UAUUUGAUGGCCGGGCUGGGCCACGAAUCUCGAAACUCUUAGCCCGGCUCGCUUAGCCUUCAAAAUAUUAUAAAAGAACAGACUAUUGAAGCGCCAAAAUCACCGAUUCUCCGGGUCCCAUUGAGGAGGAUAAGAUGACGAGCCCACGAAACCGAGACCGAGAGGACAGCGAGACACUGGUAGAAGCGGCGUUGCGAGUCCUGAAUACGGCCGAUCCAUUCGAGAAGGCCCGCCUCGGUGACUCAGUUGCUUCCAAAUGGCUACAAGGGACCAUCUCUCGCACUUACGAUCCCUCCCUUGAUCUCCCCGUGCCAGAUCGCCCCGCCAGGCUCACUAACGUUAAGUUGGUUUCUCCAAGUUUGAUGCCAAAGUUGGGGAAAGCUGGUAGCUUGCAGAGCAGGCAGGCAAUUGUGCACAGCCUUGUUCACACUGAGAGUUGGGCAAUUGACUUGUCAUGGGAUAUAAUUGCUCGUUUUGGUAAGCAGGAGGCGAUGCCGAGAGAAUUCUUCACUGAUUUUGUGAGAGUGGCUCAAGAUGAGGGCAGGCACUUCACACUCCUUGCAGCACGGCUUGAGGAACUUGGUUCUUCGUAUGGGGCAUUACCUGCACAUGAUGGACUUUGGGACUCUGCCAUUGCCACAUCCAAGGACCUUUUAGCACGUCUGGCUGUCGAACAUUGCGUCCAUGAGGCGAGGGGACUUGACGUGCUUCCUACGACCAUCUCUCGUUUCCGCAAUGGAGGUGAUAAUGAGACAGCAGAUCUUCUGGACAGAGUGGUUUACCCAGAAGAGGUUACCCAUUGUGCUGCUGGAAUAAAAUGGUUCAAAUAUCUUUGCUUGAGGUCCAGAGAUCCAGCUUUUCAAGGAGAAAUGCUGGCAACUCAAGAAAGUGAUUAUUUUACAGUGGAGGAGGGGAAUGCUGCAGAAGUGAUUCAGAAGUUUCAUGCAAUAGUAAGGAAGUACUUCAGGGGGCCUCUGAAGCCACCUUUUAACGAGAAGGCAAGGAAAGCUGCUGGCUUUGGCCCUCAGUGGUAUGAACCACUUGCAGUGAAGGAGGCCAGCUCAGAAUACCAAUAGCAUUAUGCAGAGGUAAACUUCCCAAUCAAUCUCUUUGGAGUGAUUUGCAGAAAUAAUAGUAAAGAAAAAUAAUAGAGAGAAUCUCUGAGUGUCAGAAGAUUCUCUUCAAAUCUUGUAAGCCAAGCGAAACCCUUAUGCUUUGCAAUUUUACGGCAUUAAAAUAUUAGUUUCCUCUUAAUCUAUUACUACUUAUUUA